GACAACUCGCAGUAAGACCCGGCGGACACGCAGAUGGUAGCCUCCGUGCCAGACCCUCCGCUCUCGCUGGGCUUCGCUCGUUCGCUCGCUCUUCUGUUCUCUCCUUGCCUGCUCCUCUCGCUCGCUCAUCGAGUCGCUCCCUUUGCCUCUCAUCUCCGUGUUGUAAGUGGAGCGCUGACUGGCGCGUCCAGUCUGUUUGAACCACGAUGUGGAUGCGGAAGGAUUUUUCAGACUGGUUAUAAUCUAUUUGUCCUAGGAAAAGUGAAACCAGAUGUGCAGACCAGUGGGAUUAAGAGAGAGCGCGGCGCAAAAUGAAGACACCCAUGAGGCAUGGAGUAGCAUUGUUUUUAGUGAUUACCAUGUGCACAAGCUUGCUGGUCGUAUACAACAGCAGAGGAAACGGCAGCAGCAACAACAGCAGCAGCUCACAAAGAGACCAGCCUGUUGUUCAACGCAAGGAGGAAAAACAACCAGUGCAAAUUGCCACCACAGCGAUGAAAGCCUCGGCACCUCCCCUGCAAGGAUAUAUCAGCAUCAUAGAUCACAAGCCCCUGAAAAUGCAUUGUUCCAGCUGUGCCCUUGUGACCAGCUCAGGGCAUCUUAUUAGCAGCAAGCGUGGGAAAGAGAUAGAUCAGACCGAGUGUGUCAUCCGGAUGAACGAUGCCCCCACAAAGAGCUACUGGAAGGACGUGGGACAGAAGACAAGCCUUCGCGUCAUCGCUCAUUCUAGUAUGAAGCGAAUUUUGCGGAACCGCAGCGAGCUCCUAAACGUGAGCCAGGACACCGUUUUCAUUUUCUGGGGUCCAAACAAUUACAUGAGGAGGGAUGGGAAAGGGCUGGUGUACAACAACCUGCGAGUGAUGAACCAGGUGCUGCCAAAGCUGAAGGUCUACAUUAUAUCACGACAGAAGAUGCAGCAGUUUGAUGAACUUUUCAAAAGGGAAACCGGAAAAGACAGACGAAUAUCAAACUCCUGGCUGAGCACCGGCUGGUUCACAAUGACGAUAGCCCUGGAGCUGUGUGACAGAAUAAACGUCUAUGGCAUGGUGCCACCAGACUUCUGCAGGGAACCUUACCAUGCGUCAGUCCCUUACCAUUACUAUGAGCCCUCAGGACCUGACGAAUGCACAAUGUACAUUUCCCAUGAACGAGGCCGCAAGGGAAGCCACCACCGUUUUAUCACAGAGAAGCGAGUUUUUGCCAAAUGGGCACGAACCUAUAACAUUUUGUUUUACCAGCCAGACUGGAGUCCAACGGCAGCUUCGGUAAACAGGACCACAAUGCUUCCUGCUUCUUAAAGGCCAUGCUGCUUCGUCCUGGCAGCUGAGCAACAUUGUUUUUAAGGUUAUUGGGUCAUUUAUCAUUCUUCUACUGUUACAGCCACUCUGGAUUAUGUGAAUGAAAGCACUAACAGCUCGUCAUUUGGCACAUUCAUCUCCCAAACUGCCGCUACUGAGAUGUUGCUUUAUAAAAAAAAAAAAAAUCCAGCAGGCAGUGUUACUAAAUUUUCUGGGCUCACAGCACUGGAGCACUUGCUGCCACAUCCAUUUGGAGAGCGGGAGCAGCUUGCUUUAGAUCAUUUAAUCUCUCGGUUGUCAGCCUGAGGAUUGCGUACACGGUAAUGUUUUUUCACCCAAGGAACGAAAGAAAAGUAAUUAGUUUAUGGGUGAUUAAUGAUUCUCCGGUCUGUAUUUCUGGAUGCUGUCAGAGCAAAUAAGAGUCGUGGUGAAUUUCAUGUGUGAGGUUACUGGUGGCACUUGUGACUGGACUUGCUGGACCUAACAGCUUGAAUCUUUUCCUUCCUGCCCCUUUCUCUCUUUCUCAGUUCAAAUUAAUUCUUCAUUGGAAUGAUGUGUAUGUAGUGUUACCAAAGUGUUAAUAAAACAUCUAAAUACUUCUAAAAAUCAAGCCAUUAUAAUCUCCAUACAAAUGCACAAACACACAUCUGUAUAACAUUAUGGUGUAACAGAGGAGAAGUGGCUGAAGCUCAAAUUAGAGGGGUGCUGCCCUUUUGCACAGGGGUCUCCAACUCCAGUCCUGGAGUGCUACUGUGGCUGCAGAUUUUCAUUCUAACCCUUUUCUUAAUUAGUGAGCAGAUUUUGCUGCUAAUUAACUCUUUGCCUUAAUUUUAAUUGAUGCACAUCUUAAGACUCAGGCCCCUGAAUUAUUUCUUUUUCCCUUAAUUAGCAACCAAACAAUAUUAAGACACAAAAUGUACCAACACAUAAACAACAACCUGCGUCCAUCACACAAUAAGUGAAAAUAAAGAAAGGUGGAGGACUCAGUAAUGUUGAUCUGCUCAGGUCCACAAAACAUUUUGACAGCGCUCUUAAAAAAGAAAAUCAACAAUUUUGGAAAUGUGUGCCAUGGCAGAAUGAGCACCAUGGAAUUAAAUAACGGGUUUAACUAGCAAUGAGAAUUGGCUUCAAAUUAAGAAACUGAAUGAAGUGAAGUUGGUUGGAGUUUGAGGCCCCAAUUUAGUUGGUCAUCUGUUGGCUCACUUCACAUCAAAUUUAUGUUUAGGUGCCAUUUAAGGAAAAAAAGGAUCAAUUCAGCAGUCAGAGUUUCAAGAAAAGUCAAUUAAAAUAAAGGGGAAUAGUUAAAUAGCAGCAAAAACUGGUCACUAAUUAAGAAAAGAGUUAGAAUGAAAACUUACAGCCAUAGUCGCUCUCCAGGACUGGAGUUGGAGACCCCUGCUUUAGCAUAUCAAGAGAGUAAGUAUUCAUAAGACGUAGUCUGUCCCAGUCCUUCUAUCGCACUGGCUUCCUGAACAAGUAAUGGUCCCUGUUCCAUCCCGGCUAGGAUGCUAGCCCACCCAUGUGUGCUGCCCAUCAUACCUAUUCUGUCUCUCUGUCCCUGGCUGACAU